GUAGAAACGGACAUUAUCUGCAAAGUUUAUUCAAGUUAACAGAACUCAAGACUUAUUUAUUUUUCCUACAUUAACAUAAAUGUUUCCAGUGCAGGAUACGUCGUGUUCGGAGCUGGCUGAUUGGUUGGCGAGGACUAUAUGUGUAUUUGUCAUAAAGAGGUUUCGUUUCUCUCCAGAGACGGCUGCAUAUUUAGUGGAGUGGAUUAUUAUUUUAGUUGCAAAGCCCAUGAUUUGCCGAAAGCGAGAGGAGAUUCCUUGAGAGGAAAACCCGCAGACAAGGGCUUUGUUGGUAAGACCUUUCAUUUCCAUGGAGUGAGAUGGUUUUGGUGAACAGGCAAGUUUUAGAUCUGUGUAAUCGAUUGAAUGUGAUGAUCCAUUGACUACGCCAGUAGAACUAACCAAAGAGGUAACAUCAGGGACUUCCUGCAAGUCUUGGCCGCUGGUGAUUGAAGGAGUGGAAGGGUGUUGGUGAUACAACUAAUGGGUGCCCAGGAGCAAACCAUGGAGGAGUCGUCCUGUAGAUCACCCAGAAUGUUGCCUUUGAGCAAGUGUCUCAGGAAGAGGAUGGUAACGAUGGAGGAGAAAGCCGGCACGGAUGCAGAAACUACUGAAGAGGCGGUGGCAGAAGCCCUGAGGGUGUGCCGCCAGGCCCAGCCCGAUGGAGACGAAAGGAAGACUGAGAAGUUUACGUGCUCCAUUUGCGGGAAGCACUUCACGUUCUUCAGCGUGCUGUCGGUCCACAUGCGGACGCACACCGGCGAGAAGCCCUACAAGUGCCCUUACUGUGAGCACAGGACUUCCCAGAAAGGCAACCUCAAGAUACACAUCCGCACUCAUCGUAUGGACGACCUAAGCGAGGGUCAAGAGGCGGGCGCGGGAGGUCGGCGGAGAGCGGAAGCCCAGGCUGCAGGAGUGCGCGGCAGUUCCCCCGAGGAUGGGUUGGUCAGGGAGGAUCAUGGGAAGGUCAUGUUGCGAAGGCUGAAGGAGAGGGAGCCCCUCGCCUCCACGUUAUGGUGCCAGGGCUGCGGAAGAGCCUUCGAGAAUCAAGAGCAGCUGGAUCAACAUAAGCAUCUCUUCCACAGGCUGUACAAGUGCAGGCUGUGCGACUACUCCACCCUGAGGGACGACCAUUUCCUGAGCCACAUUGAGAGGGUCCACAUUACCCCGGAGGUGCCGGAAAGCCCCGGCGAGAAGGGCCAGGCCAAGCAGCGGGACAGGGAGCUCACGUGUGGCACGUGCCAGCAGACCUUCUCCCAGGCCUGGUGCCUGAAGGCCCACAUGAGGAAGCACAGUGGCGCGCUGGAGCACGGCUGCUCUGUGUGCGGGCGCAGGUUCAAGGAGCGCUGGUUCCUCAAGAACCAUAUGAAGGUGCACGCCGCCAGGAGCGGCAGCAAGAGCAAAGCCAGGCGGGGUGACACUGAGGGCUUGGCCACCAUCAACGACGUAGUGCAGGAGGAUGCAAUGGGUCUCACCUUCUCCCAGUACGAGAUCUGCAUGCAGUGCGGCUACCUCUUCCCAAGCCGGCAAAGCCUUAUCAAACACGGGAAGCUCCAUUCUAGGGUAUAUCAGGACUGUCCUGGGAAGCUGCCAGCGGAGGUCAGUGACAGCUCCACAAAGGAUCGCUUCCUCAGAUGCCUGGAUCUGAGGCCUGCGGUGUCGCUCGAGAAUUUUACUGACCGCCUGUUGGCGAAAGGGCUGGCGGAGCUGGAUCCUGUCAGUAGUUACCAAGCGUGGACUUUGGCCUGUAGGGCAGAAGCGGGAGAAGCCGCCGACUACCGGUGCAAUGGAGGGUCGGACGAGCAUCCUUUGGAUACCGAGGCGACCGGCGACAGAGGGAAAGGGGAGCAUGCCCUCGCCACCAGUGAGAAGCGUAAGCGGGAAGAGGGCACAGAGGGCAAUGGUUGCGUGAAGCGGCACAAUGGAAUGAUGGGCAAGGGUUACCGGAGGAACGAUUCCGGACUAAGCCUCGGUGGCAUGCUGCCACAGGGCAAAAGCACAGAGUGUCCAGAGUGUGGCAAGGCGUUCCGGACUUACCAUCAGCUGGUGCUCCACUCCAGGGUCCACAGGAGGAACAGGCGGAGUGAGGCGGAUGCCAGGGGUCGGGCUGCAGGGCUGGGCUCAGUCAGCGACUGGGAGUCUACACCCAACAGUCGGCUCGGCACCCCCAGCUCCACCUCGGCCCUGGAAGGCGCGGCAGCCCCGGGACUGGGUGAGGACGGUCCCAACCGUUUGGGAGAAGGUGUGGAGGUGCAGGCGGAAACAGAAAAGCCUCACAAAAGUUUUCCUUGUGACACAGUGACCGAGUCACCUUCACUCCUUUGCGACAAGGACAGCUCUUCCACAUUUCCUCAGAAUGGAACUAAAGAAGACCUUCCAAAUCCCACUAUUGGGAAUAAAGUUUCUUUAAGUGACAUAGCUGGAGUCUUCCCUUCCCAUAGGAAUGCAGCUUGCUUUUCGGAUGCUAAGGGAUCCCAUGCAGGUUCUGAACGUGGUUCACUCGCUGAAACAGGUGCACCUUUAGAACAACCUAAACAUGAGCUUGUUGGUGUAUUGGAAGAUGGCCUUCAUUCCAAUUUACCGCCAAGUUACCAGAAUACAGCAAAGAAUAGAGUAAUGUCAAGGAAUACAGAGUUACCUCAAAAUAGCAAUGCCUUAAGGACAGCAAAGCCCACACAACAUAAAGGGGGAGGCCAGAUCUCUGAUUCAAAUAAAACUGGAGAACAAGAUGAGUUUCCUUUGGAUCUGACCUUGGCAUUGUUGAAUGAUGUUCCUUGCAGAGAUAAUUUCAAUCUGAGGGGCAGGCUUUCCACACCACCACAGAAUACAAUGGUCAUUCAUUUUUGUCAGUUUUGCAGUCACACAACUCUUUAUCCUGAAGUUUUAUUAAUGCAUCAACGGAUCAACCACAAGUUGAACCUCCACAUCUCCCCUCCAGAAUGUCUUUCGAGGAAUAAGUCAAAAGCCAAUGGUCAUCACCCAGUGGGCAUCAGUGGUGUUAGACGCACGGGUCCUCCUCCUUUAUUGAAUGGCAAAGAGAGUUCUCCCAUGGUUUUCUCUAGAGCAGUUAGCACCUACCAGCCUCGUCCAAGCCAGUCAGCAGCACUGAAUUCUUCUCCAUCAUCCUUGGCAACCUCUGGAAAGCCAAUUGAUUCAGCUCUGUGCAGAACACCCACCCAACCUACAGUCAGAAUAUCUAGAGGGCCUGUUUACGAUCCUCAGUGGUGUCAGAGAGCAAACAACAACCAGGAACAAUGUGGUUUAACUUCAGAAUCAAGAUCGAGGCCAAAUACUGGUUCACAGCAAAAAAUAUCACAAGUUGGCAACUUCGGAAAAAGUUUUUUCAGUUCAGCUUCUGUGUUCUUGGGAUCUGGCAUGCCAAUUAGGAGAGUGUCAGAAAGCCAGGGAAUGCUGAAGGAAGCUGGGGAACUAGCACCAUGUACUGAUCGGCACCAGGCAUACCCAACAAACGGUCAUGGUAGUCGAAAGCUCAAGGACCAAGCUUCACCCAAAGAUGUCCAGCAUGCUCUGUAUAAAUCUGCCCCUCUGUUUCAGCAGGAGUGCUGGUCAGUAGAUACAAGUAAGCUGGGCUUAUUUGGGAGUCCCCCACGAGAUGGGAGGACAAACACGCCUCGGGUACAUUACUCCAGCCCAGCAAAAGACUCCACAUUUGUACACACAGUCAGACAAGUAUGGCCUCCAGCAGUAAGGGAGGUGUCCAAGUGCAUAGAUCCCAUUUACACGCCUCUACCCUACAGAGCUGGAGACUUGUCCACCUUCUACCGUGGCUGGAGAGGUAACCAUCACUUUUUGUAUCCAGCAGAAAAAAGAGAUGGGAGACCCUUCCAGUGUCAAAUCUGUCCUUUCAGUGCUUCCCAGAAGGAGAAUCUGAAAAUGCAUGUUGAAUAUGUUCAUGGUGUACCAUUCGACAAUAACUUGCAUCCAGAACACCGCUUCAAGGUAUCGCAGGGUGAAAAUGGUCUCUACAAGUCACUGGAGGUGCAGUUUGAACCCUCAUCACUUGAUCAUCAUCUUCCUGAAGCAACUAUCCUGAAAUGAGACCUUCUGCAAAAUCUACCCGUUUUGGGGUUAUCAGGAUUUCUCCAUCCCCACGGAGCAGAAAGUGAUGGAGGUCUUUUGGUGAUGGAGUGGGGAAUGUGGCAAAUACCCUUGUGGAUUUGAACUAGGCCUUAAAGAGGCGUGGGACAAGUAUUUUUGGCAUAAAAAUCAGACAAGUGCUGACUGGUUCAUCUAGAGAGAAUCAGCUGUUCUCUGCAGAUAGUUACAGAUCAGUGUUGCUAUUGGAUGAAAAGUCAGCCAGCUGUUUGGAAAGCAUUUUUAUUGACUAUUUACACUGGCAGUGUUUAAAUCUUCACUGGAUCGUAUCCUUGUUUUUACCACCCACAUGCUUAAGAGAGUCAGCUAUGGAUUUGAGCCACCAGACUGUUACCAGCAAAAUACACUAAAUUGGGCAAUCAAAUUCUCCCUGAUCACACCAUUGAAAAUGAUUAUUCAACAUAGAAGUCCAAUGUUUAUCAAAGAAGCAGUCAUACUUCUUUUAAUUUAAUGAAUGGAUUUGGCAAAACAAAUUCCUGUUGACAAUUAAAAGGCAAGUCAUGUCAACAGGAAAGCUAUGUGAUAUCCCCAGUAGAAGAGGUACUAUAUUUUAACAAGGUACAUGUGUAUAUUGUUUUUAAUAACAGCAUAUUAAACAAGAGAAUUGCCCUUUUCUCCUCUGUCUACACUUCACUUUGGGCUAUUUUUGGAAUAAAUGAAUACUUCAGCAGAAAUCGAUGCCACCGUUGGAACAACAAAGGUUUUCCAACAAGUAAAACUAUCUGAAGUUUAUAUAAUUUACAGAAAAAAUCGCAGUAAACUGGUCAGUUAAUAACAGCAGUGACACAUGCAUUCCUUCAUUGUUCAGGACUACAAAACAAGGUUAAUCUACUUUGUUUGGUUUUAUAUUACUAAAUUGUGAUUUCCAACAACUCUGCAUGCUUGGGAUUGUUGUUAAUUUACAUUCUACAGCUUUGUCAAACACUUCCGCUCCAACUGCAAAAAGCAGGAUUUCCCAGUGGCCAACCAUUUUCUUUCCUACCCACAUUCUUGUUAUGACAUAUCAGGCCAUGGCCUCCUCUUCUGCCACGAUGAGGCCACUCUCAGGUUGAAGGAGCAACACCUCAUAUUCUGUCUAGGUAGCCUCCAACCUGAUGGCAUGAGCUUUGAUUUCUCCAACCUUCCAUAAUUUUUCUUCCGCUCCCCUUGUCUUCAAUUCCCCACUCUGGCCUCUUUACCUCUUCUCCACACCUGCCUAUCACCUCUCCCUGGUGCUGCUCUUAUUUCCUUUUUUUUCCAUGGUUCACUCUCCUCUCCCACAAGCUUCCUUCUCCUCCAGCCCUUUACCUUUUCCACCUAUUGCCCCCCCCCAGCUACUUACUUCAUACCUCCUCCCCCACCCACCUGGCUUCGUCUAUCACCUUCUAGAUUGUCCUCCUUUCCACCCCCCACCUUUACCAGGUGUGAGGAAGGGUCUCCGCCUGAAAAGUCGAUUCAUUUCCUUAGAUACUGUCUGACCUGAUGAGUUUCUCCAGCAUUGUGUGUGUUGCUCAGGAUUUCCAGCGUCUUGUGUUUAAGAUUAAGAAUCACUGGGCCUUCAGCAAACAGAAAGAUAGAUGACUCGUGAGCCAUUUUGGAUAAGGCAAAAUUCCAGCUGCAGAAAAGAUUAACUGGGUCAAACUCUGCCCUUUACCUGUGGACAUGAUUCAAACAGUGUGGGGAAGUGCAUAGUCAUGUUCUUUGAUAGAAGGAAUAAAAGUGUAGACCAUUUUCUAAACCAGAGAGCAAAUUCAGAACCCAGUAGUGCAAAGGGGCUCGGGAGUCCUGGUGCAGAAUUCACUCAAGGGUAACUUGCAGAUUGAGUUGGCGGUAAGGAAGGCAAAUGCAAUGUUUGCAAUCUUAUUCAGGAGACUAGAAUAUAAAGGUGACGAUGUAGUGUUUUAGAAGGCAUUGGUCAGCACAUAUUGGAAAUACUGUGAGCAGUUUUAAGUAUAUCUAAGAAAGGGUGUACUGGCAAUAGGGAGAGCUCAGAAGCCUUAUGAGAAUGAUCCCAGGAAAGAACAGGUUAACUCGUGAGGAGCCUCUAAUGGCUCUGGGCCCGGAUUCACUAGAGUUUAGAAGAAUGAAGGAGUAUCUCAUUGAACCUAAUGAAUAUUCAAAGGUCAAGAUAGAGCGGAUGUGGAAAAGAUGUAUCCACUAGUAAGAGAGUCUCGGACUAGAGGAUACACCUCAUAAUACAUGCCUUUAGAAGCAGGAGAAUAGGGUUGGUUGAGGGAAAAUAAAUCACUCAUGAUUGAAUGGUUGAGCAUACUUAAUGGAUCAAAAAGCCUAAUUUUGCUCCUAUGUCAUGGUCUUUUGAACUUAAUUCUGAGGUCAGGUGCUGUCUAUGUGGAGCUUGCAUGCUCUCCCUCACAUUACAAAGAUAUUUGGGUUAAUGGGUUAAUUGGUCUAUAUAAAUUUUUCCUCCUUUGUGGGUGAAAGGUAGAAUCUUGGGGGGGUGUGAUUGAUGGGAAUGAGGGGAUGAAAGAAUAGGAUAGGAUGAAAUGAAUAUUAAAAUGUAUGCUUGAUGGCCAGCACAGGGUCAUUGGGCUGAAAGGCCUGUCUCCAAGCUGUGUCACCAAGGCUCUAUAACCUCAGAAGUUGCACAUCUUACAAUUUCUCUGGUACGUCAAAAUGGAAGCCGCUAUAAUCUCUGGAUAGAUUGUGCGGCAGCUCCAGAAAGACAAACAGUUAGGAUAGAAAUUAGUUCUGUACAGUAACCCAUGCACUUUGAAAGUCAUCUCCGGGGACUCCUGCUGCUGUAAGGAGUUUGUCUGUUCUCCCGUGACCACGUGGGUUUCCUCUGUGUUCCCCGGUUUCCUCCUACAUGUGUGUUAAUAGGCUAACUGGUCACAUGGGUGUAACUGGACAGCAUAGGAUCAUUGGGGCAGAAAGGCCUGUUACUGUGAUGCCUCUCUAGGUAAAUACCUCAAAAUAAAAUAAAAUUAAUAAAAGAUCUUAAUAACCAAUAGCAUUAAUAGAUUUUGGGGAGAAACCAGGUAAAUGGAUUCAUCAAUUAUAUCAACGAAUUGCAGAAGAGACUGGAGGCUUCCUUGUAUUGUGUUGUUCCUAAAAGAUUUUUGCCCAUGUGCGCAUUGCCUUAACAUCCUCUGAAGACUUUCUGAAGCCGUUACCCCUAUGCUGAGUUGCAACGCCCAGAAUUCUCCAUCACAGCGUUGCUGAGACCCAACUUAACAGCUGCAGUCCGAAUUUGGUCCAAACACUUUACACGACAGUUGGGAAAUGGAUCCUUGACUUUAAACUUGUAACAAAACAAACCUUAAGCUGCUGUCAUUUUCUAACAGGAGUGGUUAACACGUUAUUUGUACAAAAUAUAAACAUAAUUUACCAGGAAGAAUCAUUGUGCUAGGCAGCUUUCAAACCCAGCCAUGUAUGAUCCCGAAAGAACUGUUCAUUGAACCAAAUAUGAGGUUGUAGACAAAUCUGUUGUAGCUUCAGUUGGGGAUAGUGGACAAAAAGGUGGGGGUAGGCUUUGCCGUUAUAGAAUAAACAAUAGAUGCAAGAAGAGUUUGGAAAGGUGAGAGGGAAGAUUACAGUAGAUUAAUUUAGUGUCAUAUAUACCAGGGUGCAAUGAAAUUCCUUGUUCACAUGAAGCUCACAGAGUUAACAGUAUGUGUGGUAACAAUAAACACAAUGAUGAACGCAAAACGGUACAGUGGUGCAAAGUUUGUGGUGCCAUUAAGUAAUGCAAAAAGAAAUGCUAAAGAGAUAAUAACUGAAAGAGGUAGAGAUUAAGAAUCCAAGAACAUGGCAACACAGUAGAAAAGAGAUGUGAAAGAGGUGAUUGGUUCAGAAAUCUGGCAGCAGUAAGGAAAAAAACUGAUCUUCAGUCUGAUCAUCUAGGCUUUCAAGCUCCUGCAUCUUCUCCCACAGAAAAGAUUUCACUGGCUAGGAAAGGAAUAUUAAUGUUAGCAGCUAAUAUUCUGCUCUCCAAAGACACACGUUGGAAUGUAACCCAGAUCAGGCUUGGUAAUUUUUAAGGUAUCUCAGCUGGUGACAUGCAACAGACAUUAGACCCCUGAUAUGCAUUGGCCUGAAACUGUUUCUGAUCCACUUACCUCCCAUUAAAACUAUUCUUUCCUUUAAUGGGUUGCUCAGCACAAAUCUUCCCAAAGAUGGUGCAAUGAAAGGGGAACUUAAUUAAUGUUGUUAAAACCUUGAAAGGUUUUGAUGGGGUGGAUGCAGAUGGCAUGUUUCCUCUUGGGAUCCAUUUUCCCUCCAUUUCUUUCAGUUUUUUCACUAAGAUAUUGGAGAAGAGCUGAUUACUUGAGUCGAUGAACAAGGCUACCUUAUUUAUAAAAAAGCUUACACAGAGCAAGGCAACAUUUUUUGGCUCUUUGCCUGCUGUGGCUUCUCCAUGGAGGCAGAUCUCUCCAGGUAGAUUCUCCCGAUGUAGCCUCUGGGAGAACCCACAGUGAGAGCCAUCAGUUGCACACUACAAUUCUUAAAUCAUACCCAAACAAUAAUGGGUUAUCAAUUCCAAGAAAGAGGCAUCAUUAAAAAGUGAACAGUGUUUUUUGAUGGAAAAUGGCAGAGAACAGCUGGAAUGUGGAGGUUACCGAUAAUAUAGGAAGUGGUCAAGGUCUUUAAGGACAAGUGCUAUAAAUAUAUGAGGGAGAAAGGAAAACAAAAAGGGUGAAACUCUGGUGAUGUGGAGACAAGCAUGGGACAUAAUGUAAGCAUAGAGCAGCUGAAUCCAUCUACUGGCUUAUUUCUGAAGUCUACUUCUCUGACUGGGUUACUGAGAGAUGUUGGCUUUUGGAUGAGCAAACACACUAGCACCCUGACCUCUUCCUCACUUGGAUAUAAAGUAUUCCCAAAUUUUGAAAUUUUUCCUUGAGCCGUGGGCAAUAUUUACGUUAUUUUAUUACAAAAAUGAAUAGUAACUUCGAUUGUUAUAAGCCUAUGUAAUAUUUGUGCAGAAUGUCCUGUGUUGCUCACUGGGGCACUGUAUUCUGUCAAUAAAUCUCUCAUUCUGUCUCCCAGCAAGGCAAGGAUUGUACUCUGAAAAUAAACACAGACCAGCACAUAUAUAAUUGGGAAACUGAGUUCUGUGAACAAGGACAAAAAAAAAUCAUUUUUCAAUUCAACUCAUUUCAAAGCAAGUUGUCUGAUCAUGAGCACGUUAAUGUUUUCAGGCCUUGCUAUAAGCAGAUUGGUUCCCAUGCUUCCUAAAAACAGGUUAUAAACUGCUUCUGUUGUCACUAGUUCCCCAGUCUUGCUUUCUGCAUUCGUACCACUGGAAUUCCUGGUUUAGCUGCAUCGCCUUCGAUGAAAUUGUCCUUGCUGACAAUGAGAUUUUAAAAAGUGAUUUCUUUUUCAUUCAUACUUUUCUUGUCAAAGCACAGUGCUUUGUAAAAUGGGUUCUUUUAUUCUUGUUAUUUAUUA